AUGUCCAACCAAGAAGCUGUCGGAGACUUCGGUCUCAUCGGCCUUGCUGUCAUGGGUCAGAACUUGAUCCUCAACGCCGCUGACCACGGCUACACCGUCGUUGCCUUCAACCGAACUGUCGCCAAGGUCGACCGUUUCCUGAACGACGAGGCCAAGGGCAAGAGCAUUGUCGGAGCACACAGCAUCGAGGAGUUCGUCUCCAAGCUCAAGAAGCCCAGGCGUAUGAUGUUGCUCGUCAUGGCUGGCAAGCCAGUCGAUGACUUCAUCGAGACUCUGCUCGGUGCUGGUGUGGAGAAGGGCGACAUCAUCAUUGAUGGUGGCAACUCUCACUUCCCGGACACCAACCGCCGAACCAAGUACUUGGCGGAGAAGGGCAUCCGAUUCGUCGGGUCUGGUGUGUCUGGUGGCGAGGAGGGUGCCCGCUACGGGCCAUCCAUCAUGCCAGGUGGUAACGAGGAGGCAUGGCCAUAUAUUAAGGACGUUCUCCAGGACAUUUCCGCCAAGUCAGAUGGUGAGGCCUGCUGCCAGUGGGUUGGUGACGAGGGUGCUGGUCACUACGUCAAGAUGGUGCACAACGGCAUUGAGUACGGUGACAUGCAGCUUAUCUGCGAGGCAUACGACAUCAUGAAGCGUGGCUUGAAGCUGAGCGACAAGGAGAUCGGCGAUGUCUUCUCGCAAUGGAACAAGGGCGUGCUCGACUCCUUCCUUAUCGACAUCACCAAGGACAUCCUCUACUUCAAUGAUGACGAUGGGACCGCGCUUGUGGAGAAGAUCAUGGAUUCUGCUGGACAGAAGGGUACCGGAAAGUGGACUGCGAUCAACGCACUCGACAUGGGCCAGCCCGUGACACUCAUCGGCGAGGCUGUGUUCGCACGAUGCUUGUCUUCGCUCAAGGCCGAGCGAACACGCGCCAGCAAGACCCUCACUGGCCCCAAGAUCCCAGAGUUCAAGGGCGACAAGAAGGAGUUUGUUGACAACUUGGAGCAGGCUCUGUAUGCCUCCAAGAUCAUCUCAUACACCCAGGGCUUCAUCCUGAUGCAGAACGCCGCCAAGGACUACGGCUGGAAGCUCCAGAAGCCCGAGAUCGCCCUCAUGUGGCGCGGUGGCUGCAUCAUCCGCUCCGUCUUCUUGAAGGAGAUCACCCGCGCUUACCGCAAGGACCCCGACCUCGAGAACCUCCUCUUCGACGAAUUCUUCCACAAGGCCAUUGACAACGCUCAGCCCGGCUGGCGUGAAACCGUCUCCAUUGCCGCCAAAUGGGGUAUCCCAACACCUGCCUUCUCCACUGCUCUGGCCUUCUACGAUGGUCUGAGGACGGAGGAUCUGCCUGCCAACCUUCUCCAGGCCCAGCGUGAUUACUUCGGUGCCCACACCUUCCGCAUCAAGCCCAAGUUCGCCAGCGAGAAGUACCCUGAGGGCAAGGACAUCCACGUCAACUGGACUGGCCGUGGUGGUAACAUCUCUGCUUCUACCUACACUGCUUAA